AUGAGCAAGGACAAACAGAGCAAGCUGGUGCCGGAGUGCACCGAGUCUCUCUCCCCAUCCAAAGGCCAGAAACCACCGAGGAUGCCCAAGUGCUCCCGCUGUAGGAACCACGGCUAUGUGUCUCCUCUGAAGGGACACAAGCGCUUCUGCAACUGGAAGGACUGCCAGUGUCCAAAGUGUAAACUGAUAGCCGAGAGGCAGAGAAUCAUGGCGGCCCAGGUCGCCUUGAGAAGGCAGCAGGCUCAGGAGGAGGAGCUUGGGAUUUGUAGUCCAGUCACUGUGUCUGGCCCUGACGUAAUGGUAAAGAAUGAAGCUGGGGCCGAGUGCCUGUUCUCUGUGGAGGGGCGAUCCCUCACACCUACCAGCACCUCCGCUUCCUCUCUUGCUGCCACAGGGAGUCGCUCUGCAUCGUCAUCCAGCCCGUCAGCCACUGCCAGGGCUCACAUUGAGGGACCGUCCGACCUGCUGAUGGAAACCUCGUAUUACAAUUUCUACCAGCCUUCAUGCUACCCCACCUACUACGGCAACCUCUACAACUACCAGCAAUACCAGGUGGAUGAUGAUAAUAUAAGGUGGUGUAGAGCUUCCAGACAGGAGAUGGUGCCAGAUAAGGAGAUAGGCCCUCUCAUGGAGAUGCCCCAUGGUGAUGGCCGCCUGUCUAGCCACAACAUGUCCUCUCAGUACCGCAUGCAUUCCUACUACCCAGCAGCCACCUACCUGACUCAGGGCCUGGGCUCCACCACCUGUGUGCCAUCUCUCUUCAGCCUGGAGGACAACAAUAACAACAACAACAACAACAACUCUGAGAUCAUGGCAGCCUCGGCCUUCUCACCCAGCAGCAUCACCACCGGUCACGACUCCACGGCGACCUCCAGGUCCACCAGCUCCCUGGUUAACGCUGAUGUCAAGGCUGAGUGCGAGGCCAGCAGCGAGAUGGCCAACUUCACUGUUAGCUCCAUCAUCGAUGGUGACGCCACCAAGUGA